AUGCAGUGUGAAGAGUGUAAAGAAAAAUUGUUAUCUACUGAUUAUGCAGUGAUUGGCAAUAAGCAUUAUUGUUUUAAUUGCCUACCAACGAAAUUGUCAUCGAUUCAUCCAACAGAAUCAUCUUCAAAGCGGAAAAUACCAACAAAACAAUGCCAAGUAUGUUUCGAUGACAAACCAAAACAAGAUUUCGCAAGGAGCUAUAGUAGCCGAUGUCUUCAUACUGAACGUUCGAUUUGUGAUAAUUGCGUUUAUCAGCACGUUAAACAAGCGUUUGGCAAAAUGUGUACAGACGAUAUUCGUUGUCCUGAAUUAAACUGUGGGGUUACCUUUCGAUAUCAUCCAGUGCAAAAAAUAUUAUCGAAUAAUAAAGAUAGAAAAUUACAAGAAAAGUACGAUCAAUUUAUUUUUCAUAGACAAUUGGAGAAAAUGCGAGAAUUUAUUUGGUGUGCACAUGGAUGCGGAAUGGGACAAUUAAAUGAAGGUGGAAAUAGAAAUAAUAUUGUUACGUGUGUAAAAUGUUAUAAGAAAACAUGUUUUGUGCAUAAAACUGAAUGGCAUGCGGGUCAAACAUGUGCAGAUUUUGAUGCUGUGAAAAACCCACAAGUGCAUGCUUCACAAUGUUGGAUUGCACAGAAAUGUAAAAAAUGCCCAAAAUGUUCGUCCCGUAUAGAAAAAGCAGAUGGAUGUGAUCAUAUGACAUGCACAGUAUGUCGUUAUGAAUUUUGUUGGUCAUGCUUGGCUAAUUACAAUGCUAUUCGACGAGAUGGUAAUCAUCGGCAUGAGUCCAGUUGUAAACACUAUGCAGCGUAUCGUAGUUAA